AUGGAACAUAAGGAAGUGGUCCUUCUGCUUCUUUUGUUUCUGAAAUCAGGUCAGGGAGACCCCCUGGACGACUAUGUGAACACCCAGGGGGCCUCGCUGAUCAGCACCACGAGGAAGCAGCUGCACCUGGGAAGCAUCGCAGACUGUGCGGCCAAGUGCGAGGAGGAGACUGGCUUCAUCUGCAGGGCUUUCCAGUUCCACAGCAAAGAGCAGCAGUGCGUGCUCAUGGCUGACAACAGCAAGUCCGCCCCGGUGAUCCGGAGACGGGAUGUCAUCUUAUUUGAAAAGAAAAUGUAUCUUUCAGAGUGCAAGACCGGAAAUGGGAAGAACUACAGGGGCACGAUAUCCAAGACGAAAAAUGGCGUGACCUGUCAAAAGUGGAGCAGCUCGUUCCCACACAGACCCAGGUUCUCCCCUGACCAAUACCCGCAAGAGGGCCUGGAGGAGAAUUACUGCCGGAACCCGGACAACGACCCGGACGGGCCCUGGUGUUACACCACAGAUCCUGACCUCAGAUACGACUUCUGCAACAUUCCCCAGUGCGAAGAUGAAUGUAUGCACUGCAGUGGAGAACAUUAUGUGGGCAAAAUUUCCAAGACCAUGUCCGGAAUUGAAUGCCAGGCCUGGGACUCUCAGACCCCACAUGCCCAUGGGUACCUCCCUUCCAAAUUUCCAAGCAAGAACUUGAAGAUGAAUUACUGCCGUAACCCGGAUGGAGAGCCCCGCCCCUGGUGUUUCACCACAAAUCCCCAAAAACGCUGGGAAUUCUGUGACAUCCCACGCUGUACAACACCUCCACCACCAUCUGGACCAACAUACCAGUGUCUGAAAGGAAGAGGUGAGAGCUAUCGCGGGAAGGUGGCUGUCACGGCAUCUGGUCACACCUGUCAGCGCUGGAGUGACCAGACCCCACAGAGACACAAUAGAACCCCGGAGAACUUUCCUUGCAAAGAUUUGGAUGCAAACUAUUGUCGUAACCCUGAUGGAGAAUUAGCUCCGUGGUGCUUUACAACCAACAGUUCUGUGAGGUGGGAGUAUUGCAACAUCCCAUCCUGUGACUCCCCGCCCUCAUCCACUGAACAUAUAGAUGCCACAGCUAGUGUACCGCCUGAGCAGACUCCCGUGGUCCAGGAUUGCUACGAGGGUAAUGGGGCGAGCUACCGGGGAACAUCUUCCACGACCAACACAGGAAAGAAAUGUCAAUCAUGGUCAUCAAUGAGACCACACCACCAUACAAGGACCCCCAGCAAAUAUCCAGGAGCUGACCUGAGGAUGAACUACUGCAGGAACCCAGACGGCGAUAAAAGCCCCUGGUGCUACACGACCGACCCCAGCGUCAGAUGGGAGUUCUGUAACCUGAAGAAAUGCCCAGAGACAGAACAGAGCGGCUCAAGCUCUCCAACUGUCCAAGUUCCAAGUCCACAGGAUCCUUCAGAAGUAGACUGCAUGUUUGGGAUCGGGAAAGGAUACCGGGGCAAGAAGGCCACCACGGUGACGGGCAUCCCGUGCCAGCCUUGGGCUUCGCAGGAGCCCCACACCCACCACUCUUUCACCCCAGGGUCAAAGCCUCAGGCCGGUCUGGAUGAAAACUACUGCCGGAAUCCCGAUGGGGACCCCAAUGGGCCCUGGUGCUACACCAUGAACCCAAAGAAACUCUUUGACUACUGUGACAUCCCGCAUUGUGCGUCCUCCGCGUUCACCUGCGGGAAGCCGAAGGUGGAGCCGAAGAAGUGCCCGGGCCGGGUGGUGGGCGGCUGCGUGGCGCACCCGCACUCCUGGCCCUGGCAGGUCAGCCUCAGAAACAGGUUGGGGAUGCACUUUUGUGGAGGCACGUUGAUAGCCCCUGAGUGGGUGGUGACCGCCGCCCACUGCUUGGAGAGGUCCUCAAGGGCUGCCUCAUACAAGGUCAUCCUGGGUGCGCACCGGGAGAAGAAUCUUGAACCGGACGUCCAGGAAAAAGAAGUAGCCAAGCUGUUCCCAGGGCCCAUGAGAGCAGACAUCGCCUUGCUGAAGCUGAGCAGCCCCGCCAUCAUCACUGAGAAGGUGAUCCCCGCCUGCCUGCCGAGCCAGAACUACGUGGUGGCUGACCGGACCUUGUGCUUCAUCACCGGCUGGGGAGAAACCCAAGGCACCUUUGGUGCUGGCUUGCUCAAGGAAGCCCAGAUCCCCGUGAUUGAGAAUAAAGUGUGCAACCGCUACGAGCUUCUGAAUGGAAGAGUCAGGUCCUCUGAGCUUUGUGCUGGGGACUUGGUCGGAGGCACUGACAGCUGCCAGGGCGACAGUGGAGGACCUCUGGUUUGCUUCGAGAAGGACAAAUACAUUUUGCAAGGAGUCACUUCUUGGGGUCUUGGCUGUGCGCGCCCCAAUAAACCCGGUGUCUAUGUGCGUGUAUCAAGGUUUGUUAACUGGAUUGAAGAAACAAUGAGUCGUAACUAACAGUUGGGAGACAGCGGAGCAUCCACCAAUCUGGAAGCUGAAAUAUGGAGAGGGAAUUUAGUAUGCUCAGAGUAAUUGACAUUAAUCAAAUGAAGAAACUUCUUGUUACCAUCUGCCAAAUCGCAACAUUUUUUAAUAUUGUUGUGGAUAAAUUUUUCCAGUCCCGUGGGUGCACAGGCUGUG